ACUCACUUACGUUUACGCCGGCGCUCCUACUUGCUGAGAUACCUGGGUCUUCAUCACAGCCGAGGCAGAAUGCAUACAUGGAGGAGUAUGAUAACGUCGAUUGGGUGGCGUUACGCGCUUCAUUAGCUGAUGAGCGGCCUGUGAGGAAUUUAGAGGGAGCCAGAAUUCUUGACUUCGAUGAGUUUUUGAUCCCGGAUUCGGCGCCAGCGGGUCCAGCAGAGCCACCCACUCAGGUUUUUUCUCAUGGGCCUGCCGAGCCAACGGUGUCUUCCCAUGUGACUGUCGAGCCACAUGAUUCGACGCCAGUGGGUCCACAGGAUAAGCGCAUUCAGGAGCCUUCUCAUCAGCCUGCCGAGGCAGAGGUGUCUUCUCAUGAGACUACCGAGGCGUAGGUUCAUCCUUCGGCGCCUGCGGUGGCGACUCCCGACGAGGAAGAGGUCGAGUUUCCAGACCCAGGUCAGCAUGAGGUUUUGCCCGUGCUAGCGGGACCAGAUCCCAAGAAGAAGCACAUUCUAGUCAAGGGCGCACGGCCCAGGGGAAGAGGAGAUGAUCAUGACUUGGAGUGUUCGGUUAUUAAGAGGAAAAAGGGCGAUGGAGACGAUGGCGAGGGCGGUGGGGAUGGUAUGAG